CGUAAAAUUUGGGAGCCUUGGGUAAUAAGAAUAGCUGGUUAUCUUUUUAUGGGCGUCAAGCAAACGCUAACUGAGGGUGUGGUCGGGCUUAGGCUCUAUAAAGAGAAUUGGCACUUGGCCAGCCAUCACAAGUAAGUUGCUCUUCCCGGCAAACAGACAAACUAUGCCGGCACAAAUUAGCCUACAGGUUCUCCUGCUCCUCUGGAUUUCGAAUGGUGCUCUUGGACAGUCCGGUUGUUCCGACUGCUCCUUGACAAAUGGACAAUAUGCGUGUGUUAGUGAAACCGACUAUGGGUUUUGCUUCGAUCAAGGCACCGUGGACGAAAGUGCGGUGCGAAGCUGUCGCGAUGGGUACUACUGCGUCCUCGAGGGAUUCUGUGCACCCAUGGCCUCAGCGGAACCGGCUUGUGUCACAGCCACUUCUACGGCCACAACGGAUAUAGUAACAGAUUCGAGUACCCUAGAAACUACGGAGUCAACAGCAACCACCACAGCUGAAACUACCGAUUCCACAGUGACUGAAACUCCAACAACCCAGUUCACAACAGAUUUAACCACUUCUGAAUUUUCUACAGAUUCCAGUACCGAUUCUACUACAUCUGAGCUCACUACGGAAUCGAGUACCGAUUCUACUACAUCUGAAAUUAGUACCGAAUCGAGUACAGAUUCUACUACAUCUGAGCUAACUACCGAAUCGAGUACAGAUUCUACUACUUCUGAAAUUAGUACCGAAUCGAGUACCGAUUCUACUACAUCUGAGCUAACUACCGAAUCGAGUACAGAUUCUACUACUUCUGAAAUUAGUACCGAAUCGAGUACAGAUUCUACUACUUCUGAAAUUAGUACCGAAUCGAGUACGGAUUCUACUACUUCUGAAAUUAGUACCGAAUCGAGUACGGAUUCUACUACUUCUGAAAUAAGUACCGAAUCGAGUACGGAUUCUACUACUUCUGAAAUUAGUACCGAAUCGAGUACGGAUUCUACUACUUCUGAAAUUAGUACCGAAUCGAGUACGGAUUCUACUACUUCUGAAAUUAGUACCGAAUCGAGUACGGACUCAACUACUUCUGAAAUUAGUACCGAAUCGAGUACGGAUUCUACUACUUCUGAAAUUAGUACCGAAUCGAGUACGGAUUCUACUACUUCUGAAAUUAGUACCGAAUCGAGUACGGACUCAACUACUUCUGAAAUAAGUACCGAAUCGAGUACGGAUUCUACUACUUCUGAAAUUAGUACCGAAUCGAGUACGGACUCAACUACUUCUGAACUUACUACUGAUUCGAGUACAGAUUCUACUACAUCUGAACUUACCACAGAUUCAAGUACAGAUUCCACCACAUCUGCCACUACCACUGAUUCGAGUUCUCCGCCCACAACAACUGAAUCAUCUACCAGUGCUCCAACUACAGUACCUUCGGAAAUAGAUCCCAAUGCCUAUUGUGCAAAGUUGAAGGCCAAAGGAUACUUCCGAGUUGAGACCGAUACAACGUGUCAAAUGUAUGUCUACUGCUAUAAAUUGAGUCUGGAUUACCUGGGUUGGCUUUACUAUUGCAACACCAAUGAAUACUACAAUUCGGAAACAGAGUCCUGCCAAUCCACACGACCGAGCAACUGCUGAGUCCCAACGAUUAAUGAGGUUCAUUCAUAUUACUUCCAGU